AUGGCUGGGCUCAGGGUCGAGUUGUUGGUGGUCGUCGUGACCGGGUUUCUGCUGCUGGUUUCGGUUCGGGGCUGGGAGCGGAUCAACGAAACUCAACUUAUUAAUUUCUAUGAAAGGGGACAGUGGGAAGAAACUCGUACGUCACCGGAUGACAGCAGUGACUACGACGAUGGCGAAGAUACAAUUCCUGACAUUGGAGGUGCUGCCAUCAUUGACAACUUUGACCCUUUUGCUGACCAUGGAUUCCAGGAGGAGGCAGAUUCUGGUCCAAGAAACUGGGCCAGCAGCAUUGAUAGUGGAUUUGCAGUGGAAUUUGUAGAUGUCCCACCAAGGAGCUGGACCAGCAUGAUCAGUCCAAGUUCACCUGGGCUUGAUGUUGUCUGCAGUGAAGCUGGCUUCCAAAUUAGUCUGCCAGCAGGUUCUUUGAGUGACGCUAAAGUUUUGGGCUCAUCGGACCUGCUGUCUGUCAUGGAAGCUCCAGAGUCUUGCGAAUAUGACGUGAAUCCUCUCCAGAGCACCUUUAGUGUACCCUUCACUGGGUGCAAUGUGAAACAAGAUGUUGACAGCUACAGCCUGCAGUUGUUGUACAUCGAUGAGGGUGGUGAGAUACGGAUUUCCACUGCAUCUUGUGAUAAAAGUCAGAUCUUUAACUCUGGCCUUUUUCCUCGUGCCAGUAGCUCAAAGUGCCCAAGUAACCCAACUACUGCACCUACAACAUCACCAUCAAAAUCACUAAACUGUGCUGUGCCCACUGGGGAGCAGGUGACUUGUGCACCUUCAGGAGUACCUUCCUCAGAAUGUGAAGCGUUGGGAUGCUGUAAGGAUCCUUCUACAGCUGCCUGCUACUACCCAUUGGAUGAAUGCACUGCUGAUCAACACUUUGUUUUUGCCAUUCGCUCCAACUGUGAAUCCAUCCCAUCAAUGCCUGUGGAUCCCACUAAGCUCGUAAUUCCUGGGCAUCCAAACUGUAAACCAGUCAUUGUUAAUGACAAGGUUGCCAUCUUUAAGUUUAAGGUUACAGAGUGUGGAGCUCGUGCUUUUGAAGUUGGUGAGACAAAGAUCUACCUUGCUGAAGUUCAGACUACUGUCAAAGCUUUGAAUCUGAAGUAUGGUGUAAUCACAAGAGAUGAUCCACUUAGGUUCAUGGUUGAGUGCCGCUACAGCAAGGGUCCAAUGGGAGAUACUCAGUUGUCACUGACCAGUGUUGGAUACUUGGUCAAGAUCCCAACUUCACCCUUGCCGCCAUCAGUUGACGGCAAUGGCUUAUAUGGUGUUCAAUUACGAAUUGCUAAAGAUAAGACCUAUUCAAGUUACUUUCCCACUUACCACCAGCCCUUGCGGCUACUCCUUGGCAAACCUGUUUACCUUGAACUACGCCUGAAGUCUCCAAAACCAAAUGCAGUGAUUCUUGUUAAUUACUGUGUAGCUUACCCUCGUUCUGCAAAGAAUGCCCUGGUGCUCAUCUAUGAAGGGUGUGCCAACCCUAAUGAUCCAAGUGUGUCAGUCCUUGUAGUCAGUAACCUUCCAAAAAAUCGCUACCAGAGACGCUUCAUGGUCAGGGCCUUCCAGUUUAUGGAUCAAAAGACCAACAAGUACCUGGAUGAAGAAAUCUAUUUCAUGUGCUCAGCUGAGGUUUGUAGACCAGAUGAAAGGACAUGUGAGGAGCGUUGCUUUGAUGGAAAUUCACCGUAAGAGUUUGCCAACUGACAUAUGGAUGAAGAC